UUAAAUCCCCUCUCCUCUCAGUUGGAGUCGGCCAUUUCACCUCCACCGGCGAUCCCCACCGACAGAAGUACCGGGACGGUGUGUGAUAGCAUCUGAAGAUGAGUGAGACAGCUAUUUCCUUCGCCAAGGAUUUCCUGGCUGGUGGUAUCGCCGCUGCCAUCUCCAAAACAGCUGUAGCCCCCAUCGAGAGAGUCAAGCUACUCCUGCAGGUGCAACAUGCCAGCAAACAGAUCACAGUUGACAAGCAGUACAAGGGUAUCAUGGACUGCGUGGUCCGCAUCCCCAAAGAGCAGGGCUUCCUCUCGUUCUGGAGAGGGAAUCUGGCCAACGUCAUCCGAUACUUCCCCACUCAGGCCCUGAACUUUGCUUUCAAGGACAAGUACAAGAAGAUUUUCCUCGACGGCGUGGACAAGCGCAAACAGUUCUGGAGAUACUUUGCAGGUAACUUGGCGUCCGGUGGCGCCGCAGGAGCCACGUCACUGUGUUUCGUCUACCCGCUCGACUUCGCCAGAACACGUCUGGCUGCUGACGUCGGCAAAGCCGGAGGGGGGCGCGAGUUCAAAGGCCUGGGAGACUGCUUGGUGAAGAUCUCCAGAUCUGACGGCAUCAAGGGUCUGUACCAGGGCUUCAGCGUGUCCGUGCAGGGCAUCAUCAUCUACAGAGCGGCUUACUUUGGCGUCUACGACACGGCGAAGGGGAUGCUUCCAGACCCGAAGAACACACACAUCUUUGUCAGCUGGAUGAUCGCUCAAUCUGUGACUGCGGUCGCUGGUCUCGUGUCCUACCCCUUCGACACCGUCCGUCGUCGCAUGAUGAUGCAGUCCGGACGCAAAGGAGCCGACAUCAUGUACAGCGGCACCAUCGACUGCUGGAAGAAGAUCGCACGUGAUGAGGGCGGCAAGGCCUUCUUCAAAGGAGCCUGGUCCAACGUGCUCCGAGGCAUGGGCGGCGCCUUCGUGCUCGUCUUAUACGAUGAGCUGAAGAAAGUCAUCUGAGCUGUUUUUGUAUGUCCACUGUUCAUGUUGUGAAGUCUAACUGUAACAUAUCUUGUACAUUUGGAAGGACUUAAAUGCCACGCUAUAUUUAUAGGGACCAACUAGUAUUUUCUACUAGUUGUACUGGGGUGGGUGGGUGUGGGGGGGGUCAGUUCUUCUCUUGGCCCAUGCUUUUCCUUUUUUUGUUUUGCCUCUAACCAGAAUGUCAUUCCCUGAACACAGGAACCUUACUGAAAAAAGAGAAAUAAACACAACUUCUUGAGUGAA